AUGAGCUCAGCCCAGCGGGGGCGCUCAACAUCCGCACCCAUCUCCUCACGCCAAGCGUCAGCCAGUGCCUCCACUCCGACCUCCGCCGCCACCACUACCACCGCUCCGACCGCCACCGCCACCACCGCCACCACCGCCGCCGCCGCCACCGCCGCCGCCGCCACUACUGCCACUGGUCCCUCCGCCGCCCCCGUCUCCACCACCGACCCCACUCCCACCAGCGCUCCCGCCACCGCUCCCUCCAGCACCGCCUCCCCCCCCACCUCCCCCACCUCCUCCCCCCCCAGCGCCACCACCACCACCCUUGCCCCCCUUGCCCUUGCCGCUCAGGCUUGUCUAGACACCACUCUCUUCGCCAUGGCGUUUAGAGUUGGUUCCGGAACGAUUUGCCGAGAGCUUGAACGACACAGCGGUGCGAGGAUCUUCAGAGGGUCAAGGAUGAUGUCUACAGCCCAUCGACAGGAUUCAACGCCCACUAAGUCCCGAGACGCGGCGAAGGUGGCGAAAGAAUCCGAUCUGAGCACCAUUCUCGAUAAGAACAUGGGCACCCUCUUGAUGACAGAGCUGUUUCGUGGCAUGGGUAUGACACUGAAAUAUUUCUUUGACAAAAAAGUCACGAUCAACUAUCCUUUUGAAAGGAGCCCUCUAAGCGCUCGUUUCAGGGGUGAACAUGCCUUGAGACGUUAUGAGACUGGAGAGGAGAGGUGCAUUGCGUGCAAGCUGUGUGAAGCGGUGUGCCCUGCACAAGCCAUAACUAUAGAAGCAGAACCUCGCGAAGAUGGCAGCCGCCGUACAACUAGGUAUGACCUAGACAUGACUAAGUGCAUCUACUGUGGCUUGUGCCAAGAAGCAUGUCCCGUAGAUGCCAUCGUGGAAGGGCCAAACCUGGAGUUUGCGACAGAAACACAUGAGGAAUUGCUCUACGACAAGGAAAAGCUUCUUGAGAACGGGGAUCGUUGGGAGUCACAGCUGGCAUACAAUAUCCGCGCAGAAUCACUAUACAGAUAG